GCAGGGGAUCAAAUACUUUUUUCCCUCACUGUACGCCACGUGAACUACAGGAGGCUCAAACUGUUUCAGAUAACAGAAGGAAGCGUGUUUAUGACCACAAGCGUACACAUUUUUGCCUCUCUCUGUGUCAGCACUGCAGAAAUAUGUUAACUUCCCGCAUCUCAAAACACUUCCCCUUAACUCCCUGCCUUUCUUCAUUACCAAGAGAAACUUUGCCGAGUAAUACGUUUAUAUAUAAUUUUAAGUGUGUCUGGUUUCAGAUUUGCAUGAGAUAUAUGCAUCAUGAGCAGCACUAGAAAAUCAUUUGUGCGACUCCCACCUCACCACGCGACCCCAUCGACGUCGAUAUUCUCGGAUUUCCCUGUCAGCACGAUGCCGGGCAAUGAGCAACAGCAGCAGGUGCAGCAGCAGCUUCCAGGCGCGGCGAGUUCAUCGCAAAAUCGACUCUGCUCCAAUCUGGCCACCGUGGCUCUGUUUGCCAUGAACAUCACCAUCGCCGUGAUCUUGAUGACCAGCGUCCUCUACAAUUUCCACGCAAUUCAAUACAGCGCCACCGUUUUCACGGAAGAAGACAUGUUGAUCGUGGAUCAUCUGGAUCUUUUAAAUGAAGAUUUGGUAAAAAUGGGUAAUAGCCUGGACAAAAAGAUCGAUUCGACAAUAUCUGUCGUGAAGCAGGAGAUGAAAGAAGAUGUGCUCCAAUUGUCGAAAAGGAUCGAAUAUGUUCUGCAAAUUGUCUAUUGGCCGGUGUAUGAGAAGAAGAUUUUUGACAAUGCAAGCGCUCAUUGUAAAAAGUAUGGCGGGGACUUAGCCAUGCCAACGUCCAGCAUCCUGAACAGACGAUUGCACAACUACAUUUGGAAUGAAACGAUGUUUAUUGGGAUUAAUAACAUUACAAAUGAAAAAACAUUCCGGUAUGUAAAUGGGACUCCACUGGGUGACUACACACACUGGAAAUCGGGUGAACCUAACGCAUACAAUGGUAAGGAAGAAUGUGUUGAAAUGCUAACUGACGGAUUUUGGAAUGAUAUAUCAUGUACAAAGCCAUUAUAUUUCCUCUGUCAGAAGUUAAAAAAAUAGCUGCACUUGGAUUACAAUUUAGGAUGGUUGUUUACCCGAUGGGUUACUAUAUUGGUGGAGCUCAGAAACUUGCGGUGUAGGGGUGGGGAGGACGUGUUGUAUCAUUUUUACUGUCGUGUUUUUUUAUUUGUUGAAGUCGUUUUACAAGAAUGAUACAGCAGUGGAGUUUUUUUAAAGCAUAUCUGAAGAUUUGCAGGCUUUUUUUAUUGAAGUUACGUAAAUGUAACUCUUUUUUUUCCUUUAACCAGGUAAGGCCCACUUAGCUAUGUAGCAUUUUUUUCCAGAAUCGACCUGACCACGAAUGAUAAGCUCAACGAAAGUGGCUUAUGACGUUGAAAUGUAUAGCAGCAACCAAAUAAUCUUAACGCAUUUGAUCUAAAAUAUACACGUCAGGGGGUGUGCCCUGUGGGAUAGGCUUUCCUCCUUGAACAGGAGCUAAACAAGAUUCGCGACAGUUCAAUUUCUAAUCCAGGCAUGGGAUGGGGUCUGGGGGAGACUGGAGUGGGGGGGAGGAGGCAAAAGUUGGAAGGGAGCCAUUACGAAGGCAAAACGAAAGGAAAUAGAGGUAUUUAAAGUUAUCCUUAUCCGCCCAUCUUCCCGCUAGGAUCGAUCGACCAUUUUACAGGGUGCGCUAAGGAUAGAGUAAACUCUAGAACCUGUCCCCUACCUUCACACCACUCCGCUGUUUUUUGUGUUUUAGAUUUACCCUGUGGUGUUCUCCAGUGUCCAAUGCUCGAUGGGGUAAAUUGAGGUCUGAUCACCGAUCAGAUCUCAAGCCGCCAUCAGCCCAUAUAUAUGGUAUAUGGUUUGUAAAAUAGGCGUGGCAUUGCCCUCAUGGAAGUGUUUUUGCCCUCAUGGAAGUAUGGUGCUGUGGAACGUGAAUCCAGGUAUAUUAUAACGAAUCAGUUAGGGUAGUCAAUCGGUGUAUACUCGAGUAAAGUAUGUCUGCUUAUGCUCCAGAGGAGAUGACAUGGGAUUGAGUGUUCACACGAAACAAUGGCAAUCUGAUGGAGUAAUCCCAUUGUUGCGGUACGGUAUUGUGCCACGCGCAACGUGAGUAUCUGCCUACCUGUCGUGAUCGGCUUACGAUUUCGCACGAUCGGUGAUUUCCUCACAAAUUUUCAGGGGCGGGCGGUGGGGCGCUCAGUGGCACUUUCGCCGACAAGACAUCAUCAGUGCGAGGAACCGCUACACAUUUGAAACUACUGGGGGUUUUGUUUAACGCGUAGGUUUUCACAACCAAUAUCGUCCAUGAUACAGGGGGUUUUUUUUGGGGGGGGGGGGUUAUUUCGCGUAAAUAUACGUGUCGUUAUAACCGCCACCACCCGACAGCCAAUUUGUAAGGGUUGUCACGUAAACAGAACAUGCCAAUUCGUUACUAGUACAGUAAAACCUUCCAUUGCGAGCAUAAUUCGCAUACUUCGUUCCGAGCGUCACCUGAUCAGUUGUGAUCAGCUGACGCUCGGCAGACAAAGCGUAUAUGUACUACUCGUAUUGCAAGACCUCGCUCGUUUAUCAAAUUAAUAUUUA